GGCUGAAGAUGUGAGAUCGCUGCAGCAUGAGGCAGAGAGGAUCCUAACGCUCUGCUCUUCUCUGCCGCUCCUCGCUUCCCGUCACGUGACAUGCGCUGCGGACGUACGUGGAGAAUGAGAAGUCCCCGCGGUGAAACCUCCACCGCACAGGGGCCUCGGCCUCAGCACUAAGCGGAUGGUCCUGUCGCUGCACCCCUUUGGCUAAAUCGUCGGGAAUUUCGGAUUUAACCCCCCUCCCUGUGGUCUCACCAUGGCGUCAGAACAAACGCGCCCGAAUCAGGCGCCGUGCUGGUUCCUCCUCCUCCUAACGGCUGAGUUUUGCUGCUGGUUUCCAUCCCUGUCUCAGCGGAUUGAGCCUUUGCCCACGGAGUACGCCCACUCCAUCCGGCUGGACGGCGACAUCAUCCUUGGCGGCCUGUUCCCGGUGCACGCCCGGGGCGAGCGGGGCGUCCCCUGCGGAGAGUUGAAGAAGGAGAAGGGCAUCCAUAGGCUGGAGGCCAUGCUCUUCGCCAUCGACCUCAUCAACAAGGACCCUGAGCUGCUGCCCAAUGUGACCCUGGGCGCCCGCAUCCUGGACACAUGCUCGCGGGACACAUACGCGCUGGAGCAGUCGCUGACCUUUGUCCAGGCGCUCAUCGAGCGUGAUGGCUCGGAUGUACGCUGCGCCAACGGAGACCCGCCCAUCUUUGCCAAGCCCGACAAGAUCGUCGGCGUCAUCGGCGCGUCGGCCAGCUCCGUCUCCAUCAUGGUGGCCAACAUCCUACGCCUAUUCAAGAUCCCUCAGAUCAGCUAUGCAUCCACGGCUCCGGAGCUGAGCGACAACACCCGCUACGACUUCUUCUCACGCGUGGUGCCUCCGGACUCCUACCAGGCCCAGGCCAUGCUGGACAUAGUCACGGCCAUGGGCUGGAACUACGUAUCCACGCUGGCGUCCGAGGGCAACUACGGCGAAAGUGGAGUGGAGGCCUUCAUUCAGAUAUCCAGAGAGAUCGGUGGGGUGUGCAUCGCUCAGUCUCUGAAGAUCCCGCGGGAGCCGCGGCCGGGGGAAUUCAACAAGAUAAUCGUGCGUUUGCUGGAGACCCCCAACGCCCGCGCCAUCAUCAUGUUUGCGAAUGAAGACGACAUCAGGCGAGUCCUGGAUGCUGCAAAACGAAGCAACCAGACAGGGCACUUCCUGUGGGUGGGGUCGGACAGCUGGGGCUCCAAAAUCUCCCCGGUGAUCCAGCAGGAGCAGGUGGCUGAAGGAGCCAUCACCAUCCUGCCCAAACGAGCUUCAGUGGAAGCCUUCGACCGCUACUUCCGCAGCCGCUCGCUCUCCAACAACAGGAGGAACGUGUGGUUCGCAGAAUUCUGGGAGGAGAACUUCAACUGCAAGCUCGGCAUGCAUGGCAAAAGGCCCGGCAGCCCUAAAAAGUGCACAGGCCUGGAGAAGGUGGGCCGGGACUCCAGUUACGAGCAGGAGGGGAAGGUUCAGUUUGUGAUGGACGCGGUGUACGCCAUGGCCCACGCUCUUCACAACAUGCAUCGUGACCUGUGCUUCGGAUACCCGGGCCUCUGCCCCCGCAUGAGUAACAUUAACGGAAAGGAGCUACUGGAGUACAUCCGCAAGGUCAAGUUUAACGGAAGCGCCGGGACUCCGGUUUCCUUCAACCAGAACGGAGACGCACCGGGGCGCUACGACAUCUUCCAGUAUCAGAUAACCAACAGAUCCACGGCGGAGUACAAAGUGAUCGGCACCUGGACAAACAAACUGCACCUAAACGUGGACAGCAUGCGUUGGCGGACGGGUGACCCCACACUGCCCGUGUCUGUGUGCAGCGUACCUUGUCAGACAGGUGAGAGGAAGAAGAUUGUGAAGGGCGUGCCGUGCUGCUGGCACUGUGAGCGCUGCGAGGGCUACCACUACCAGGCCAGCGAGUUCAGCUGCGAGUUGUGCCCCUACGAGCAGCGCCCUGACCGCAACCGUACCGGCUGCCAGCCCAUCCCCAUCAUCAAGCUGGAGUGGCACUCACCCUGGGCCGCCGUGCCGGUCUUCGUCUCCGUGCUGGGCAUCCUGGCCACGAGCUUCGUGGUGGUCACCUUCGUGCGCUACAACGACACUCCCAUCGUGCGGGCGUCUGGCCGGGAGAUGAGCUACGUGCUGCUGACGGGCAUCUUCCUGUGCUACGCCAUCACGUUCCUGAUGAUCGCCACUCCCAGCCUGGCCGUCUGCUCCUUCCGCCGCGUCUUCCUGGGCCUGGGCAUGUGCUUCAGCUACGCAGCGCUGCUCACCAAGACCAACCGCAUCCACCGCAUCUUCGAGCAGGGCAAGAAGUCUGUGGCGGCGCCACGGUUCAUCAGCCCCGCCUCACAGCUGGCCAUCACCUUCAGUCUGAUCUCCGUGCAGCUGCUGGGCGUGUUUGUGUGGUUUGCCGUGGACCCGCCGCACACGGUGGUGGACUACGGCGAGCAGCGCACCUCCGACCCGGACAAGGCCCGCGGCGUGCUCAAGUGCGACAUCUCGGACCUUUCGCUCAUCUGCUCGCUGGGCUACAGCAUCCUCUUGAUGGUCACAUGCACUGUUUACGCCAUCAAGACUCGAGGCGUGCCAGAGACCUUCAACGAGGCCAAGCCCAUUGGAUUUACUAUGUACACUACCUGCAUCAUUUGGUUAGCUUUUAUACCCAUCUUCUUCGGCACGGCGCAGUCUGCAGAGAGGAUGUACAUCCAGACCACCACGCUCACCAUCUCGUUAAGCCUAAGCGCCUCUGUAUCACUGGGAAUGCUCUACAUGCCGAAGGUCUACAUCAUCAUCUUCCACCCGGAGCAGAACGUGCCCAAGCGCAAGCGCAGCUUCAAGGCCAUCGUCACUGCCGCCACCAUGUCGGGCAAGCUCACCCAGAAAGGAGGCGACCGGCCCAACGGAGAGGUCAAGACAGAGCUGUGUGAGAGCAUGGAGACCAACACAGCAUCCUCCACCAAGACGACGUACGUCAGCUAUAGCAAUCAUGCCAUCUGAGGUGGGAUUGCCUCCAGGGGGCGUAGCCGGAGCAGAGCCUGUCCAGACCGAGACGUGUCGUGUGAUGCGGACUGGCAGCUGGACCUCCCACGGGCAACUAAGCAUGAGACUUUUUCCUAUCAUUGUGCAUCAAACUCGAACCGGCCGGACACGAGGAACCAGUCAGAGACCUCAUCCUGCAAUCUAGAGCUACGAUCCUGCCGCACUCACAGAGAAAAAACACAGAGAAACUGAGACGCAGGUCUGCAGACGUGACAAACAAAAGGGAAAAUGAAAAUAUUAAAAGUAUUAACAAAAAAAAAACACACAAAAAAGAAAAUGUAAACAUGCUACUGUGCAAAAAAGAAAGAAAAACAAAAGAGACGUGGAAAUAAACUUUUUGAAAAUGUGGAUAUAAAAAGAGAAACUAUAUGAAAAACUACCAAUGUUUGUUGUUAUUCUUCUUGUAAGUAUUUUUGUGAUUGUGCAGAUUUUUUCAUUCUUGUUCCACGUUGUCUGAAACCUGCAUACCAAGAUGAGAUGUCUCUUGUAUUGGCUAACUGGACCAUAGCUUGGGGUUGUGACGCUGUACAUGCCAUGGAUGACGCAUGCUAGUUUUUAUACAAAAAAAAAAAAAA